AUGCCCUUCUUCCUAAAGAAAGGCCGAGGACGCGGCGGCGGCAAGGCGCCGGGCGCGACGGUUGGCAACACGCAGCGAAAGCGACGGAAGAACGAUGACGACGAGGCCCCGCGGGUCGGACGACGAAGAAAGUUGGAGGAGAACGAGGAGAUUUUGUCGGACGACGAGUAUUCUGGCGGUGAGAGCGACAAGCACGUGUCCGAGGCCUCGGAUGCGGAAUAUGAAGACACGAAGGAGAGCAACUACCGCCAGGCCAAAGAUCUACUCGACAAAUUGUUGGCGGAAGGCGACCUCGGCGAAUCCGCGGACGAGGAAGAAGAAGAACAAUUCGUCGCCGGAAAAUUGCGGGAACACGCUGCCAGCAAAGCUGGCACAUUGCAACGACAGAUCGCUCGCGGGAUCGUGAUAGACGAGGAAAAAGAGAUCUCCCACCGGUCCCACAGAUUUUCCCCGCUCGCCCUUGCCAUUUCCCCGUGCUCGCGUUAUGUUGUCAGUACCGGCAAGGAGUCGCAUGUUAUUAAAUAUGAUCUGCAAGAGAAAAAGACGGUCGGCUCUAUCAAGCGCCAAAAGAAGAUUGCCGCAAGCCAGCAAAAAGCACACUCUGGGCAUAUUUUUGCCGUCGCCAUCUCCCCGGAUGGGAAAUACCUAGCCACUGGAGGUGUCGAUUGUAUCGUAAAGAUCUGGAAUUUCGAGACGCUGGCCCACGUGCGGGACCUCGAGGGCCACCGGCAACCGAUCACGUCGUUGUGCUUCAGACUGCGCACCACACAACUAUUUUCUGCAAGCCGCGAUCGGACAGUCAAGCUGUGGGACCUGGAACAGAUGGGGCUCGUCGACACGAUGUACGGCCAUCAGGACGCCGUUCUUGACAUCGACGCGCUGAACCGGGAGCGCGUCCUCACCUGCGGCGGCCAAGAUCGCACGAUCCGAUUGUGGAAAGUCGACACGGAGAGCCAGCUGAUUCUGAACGGCCUGCAAGAAUGCGUGAGCAUCGACUGCGUGGCGAUGCUGAACGAGGAUCACUUUCUGAGCGGAUCGGCUGACGGCUCACUCUGCGUUUGGUCGGUUUUUAAGAAGAAGCCGACGUGCGUCCGGAAACUUGCGCAUGGAAAGCGAGAAGUUACUGCAGAACCGCACUGGGUGGUCUCCGUCGCCGCGUGCCCCUUCACCGACCUGGCCGCGUCCGGCUCCGGCGAGGGCCAACUCCGGUUGUGGCGCAUCGCGCAAGACUACAGAAGCAUUGUGCUGAUCUACGAGUAUGAAAUGUUUGGCUUCGUGAACGACAUGCGGUUCUCGGCCGACGGCAAGAUUUUGGCGUGCGGCGUCGGCAAGGAGCACAAAUUCGGACGCUGGUGGAUUGACGAGGAUGCGCAAAAUUCAAUCGUCGUCCUAGCGUUGUCGGAUGGAACGAGUGAGCCACCCCGUGAUGAGCCCCUUGGUCGAGAGGCCGACAAC